UUUGUAUCUUUGAGGGAAUCAAAACAGCAGAUUUUCUUGUCGACAAUACACAGAUGGACAGGCAGUUAUUAAAACGGUUCACGUGCUUGUCAAGAGUUGAUUUCGUCCAAGGUUUACAAAUGUACAGUAUAGAAUCUCUAAACCUGAAUAGGUUUAUGGGUGAUGGCGAAUGUCAUACUAUGCAUCUUUCUCUCUGUGGCUUUAUUAAUUUCAGAGAAGCUGGUCGUGGUGCUGGCCCAUCAAGGUGACACUCAGCUUGGUAGUUCAGUCACUCUUCCCUGCCAGGACAGUAAGCACCGAGAUAUAUCAGCAGAUCUUCUGGACAUCCAGUGGUUCACUGGAGAACAUCUGGUUGUGCGAUUUCAGCGUGGCAGAAUCACCCAGGGCAGCAGAUAUAUCAACAGAACAUAUCUUUCUGCAGAAGGCCUCAGGAACGGAGAUUUCUCUCUUUCUAUUCCUCGUACAGAGUUCAGUGACAGCGGCCGAUACAGAUAUGUGCUGACUCAAGAGGGACAGGAAGUGGCUCUUGGAGAGGUUGACCUUGAGUCCCCAGAUCUCAAAGUGCUCUGUUUGUUGAGUCAGGACAGAGGGUCAUUUUAUCUUGUUUCGGCUAUGGUGAUUGGUCAGGCUCAGAGGCUGCAUUUGUGCAAUGGAAGAGAUGGACUCAGGUGGUGCUUCAGUGGAAAUCUGGAUCUCUGUAUGUGGAUCCAGUGUUUGAGGGCAGAGUGUCAGUUCCAAAGGACAGAAUCAUCCAUGGCGACAUGUCUCUUAUUUUCAAUGACACUCAGCCUAGAAGAUCAGGGCUACUACGUGUGCUUCUUUAAGAAAAAUGAUGACAUCAGACCCUCUACAAUCAUAAAUCUUACUGUCACAGAGCAAAUGUCCAGAGUAAACAUAACGUCUGGGUCACAGUUUCAACUCCCACUUCCCAAUGAGUCUCCAGUGAUGCUGAGCUUUCUGCCAGAUGGUGAGAACUACACUGUUCCUGUAUGUGAAGUAGAGAAACGUCAGUUAACAUGUGCCAGGCAUUACUGUAACCGCACACUGCUACAAAACAACUCUCUCAUCCUAAGAAAUAUUACAUUAGCUGACUCUGGCACAUUCAUUGUGAGUGAAAAAGGCACUAGCAGGACCAGAAAUGUGGUGAAUGUUCAUCUCUGCAGAGUUGGACCUGGACCUGGGAAGGUCACUUUUGAUGGACCUUUAAGUCCAUUAGCAGCUGCAGCAUUGGGGGGAAGUCUGUUGUUUCUUGUAGUAACUUCAGCAUAUUCUGGAUAUGUGUGUCAUAAACAACGACAGAUAAACAGAAUCCCAGAACAUGGGACAGAAAAAAACAGGGAAAAGGGAGCAGAGAAAGAGUCAGAAAUGCAGCCUCUGCAGUUUAUAGAAGUCAUCACUCAAGGCUCUGUCAGCUCCAAAAAAAGUGCAGUCAUAUAGUUUUCUUCUCUCAAAUAUGUUAUUUAAAAUCAGUGUUUCAUAAUGAAAUGUCUAAACAAAUUAAAAACAGUGUCUAUAUAAAUAUAUAUUGCUAUACAAUGUAAGUGUACACUUUUUUAAGUAAUUUUUAUUCUUAGAAGGUACACAAAUGAUCUGUUGUAGUGCUUUCUACAAUAUAGUAUAAAUAUUUUAUCUACUUUAUAGAUACCGUUGUCAUGUAUAAGGUUUUAUGAAAUACCAGGAUGUAGCCUGUAAUAUGGUGCAAUGGUUUGGCAGCUUUAAAACUGAAAAGAUUAUAAUAACAGCAAACUUUCGCUAGAGGUUGCCAGAUGAAUUGUUUCAUUUUUUUUUUACUUUGUCUUUGAACUACUGUUUUAUUAGCUGAAUUAUCCUGAAAUAUUACAUUAAAAAACAUCAGUAAAUUUAGCUUUGUAUUGCAGCACCUAUAAUGUUACUAUUAUAGCAUUCACCAUUUGUCAUGUUUGCUAAAUGAAUGUACAUGUUUAUUCUCUAUUGUGCCCUAUAAGCACAUUCUUCUUCUAAUUAUUAUUUGGACAUAUAACUUCUCACAUAUUUUAUAUGUGAAAUGACUGAUGAUACAGUAUAUAUAAUGUAUAUAUAGUAUGUAAUGUAAUCUGUACUGAACUGUCAUUGAUGUUGUGUUGUAAUUUUGACAUAAUGCAAUAUUCACUGCAUUGUUCUCAUUAAACCUUAAAGCACUGAAAAGGCAAAUUAUGCUACAGACAAGAUUUGACUGAUAGCAAUAUUUUAAGACAGAAGUUAAAAAAAAUCAGUAUAUGACUGGAUUGAUUUCUCGUGAUUUUAAAAGAUUUUGUGUAGAUCAUAUUUGUCUAGUAAAUUAUGGAUAAUGGAUUGACUGUAAUAAAUUAAUGGUAUUUUGCUUUUCUAGUGGUUGUUUAUGAGAUGAGCCUUGACAACUUUGAACAUUGAUUGGAUAAAAAAAUGAUUAGAUUAUCAAAAGGCCUCCCAUUUUUUUUUAUCAUACAUGUACACUUUCUGGUUCAUCUUCAUACGUUGGUCUCCCUCAACAUCCCAUAACUUACAACAUCUCCAUGCUUAUCAUUCAAAAUCUAACCCUUACAUGAAUGACAUUUAACCUCUGUUUGGCUGUGACCUGCUUGAAAUCUUCAGUUUGUCCCCUUACAUUCUAAAU